AUGUCGCACAAACGGUUUAGACAGGACGUCGAGCGAGCCCUGAAUUGCGGACUGAACCUCUUCAUUGAGGGCAUUAUUGAGGGGCUAGAUCCAGGCCUCGAAGACGUCCUGAAACAGUCCUUCUACAGUGUUGGAAACACUCUACAGGUUAAAAUUUGGGAUUUCGAGACGUCAGUGGACCCGAAUUUCCAGCUGUUCAUCACCACACAGAUAUCCAACCCCGUAUUCGCGCCUGAUCUGCUCACAAGCGCCGUGCUUAUUGACUUCAAUGUGACGGCCAAGGGCCUUGAAGACCAACUCCUGGCUCGGGUGGUCAGUAAGGAACGAGAGAAUCUGGAAAAACAGCGUUUUGAGCUUCUGAACAGCACUGUGGAGAACAGGAAGAGGCUUGACGAGCUCCAGGCCAGUCUGCUGUACCGUUUGGCCCAAAGUGAGGGGUCGCUGGUGGACGAUCACGAACUCCUCUCAGUCCUCAACAACACCAAGAAGACCUCUGAGGAGAUCAUUGAACAGCUGGUCCAGGCCAAGGAGACGGAGAAUGAGAUUAACAUGGCGCGCGAGCAGUACCGACCGGUGGCCGAGCGCGGCGCACUGAUCUACUUCCUGAUCCAGGACAUGUCCAAGAUCAACAGCAUGUACGAGACCGGUCUGCGGCAGUUCCUCGCACUCUUCGACGAUUCACUCAUCCACUCCAAGGAGGCCUCAGUGGCCACCAAGCGGAUCCACAAGAUACUCAAGUACAUGACGAAGAGGAUGUGGAAGUUCUACACCAGAGGCCUGUACAAGAAGGACUUUGUCAUGUUCACGCUCUCGCUCGCCUUAAGGAUCGAGCUGCAACUGCGGAGUAUCCGAAGGGACGAGGUGGACAUCUUUCUGAAGGGCGGCAUGGCCUUGAGUCUGCUCAACUGCCCCCCGAAGCCGGCGAAGUGGAUUCCGGACAAUGUGUGGUUGAAUAUUAACGCUGUGUCACAGAUUCACGCGUUUGAAUCGCUUGUGGACCAGGUGAUGUCGAACGAUAAACGAUGGCGCCGAUGGUACGACAAGGAGGCCCCAGAGGAAGAAGUCUUUCCCUUCAACUACGACGUCGACCUCUCGCCAUUCGAGCGUCUCAUCCUCAUUCGCACUUGGUGUCCAGAUCGCGUUGUCCGACAGGCCAAGAAGUACAUCAGCGAGACACUGGGAUACGCCUUUGCUGAGGAAAAUCUCCUUGAUUUGGAAGAAACCUAUGCUGAUUCGACAGCAAAGACGCCCAUUAUGAACCUCCUCACGGUUGGUGCUGAUCCCACGCUGUUGAUUGAACGCCUCGCAAAGCGACUGCAGGUUGACCUCCGCUUCAUUUCGAUGGGUCAGGGACAGGAGGUGCACGCUCGUCAGUACAUCGAGGCGGCCAUGCGCAACGGCUCCUGGGUGCUGCUGCAGAACUGCCACCUCUGUCUGGACUACAUGACGGAACUCUUCACGCUGAUUACUGAGAUGAAGACGGCGAGUGAGGUGACUCGCACAGCGUCCAUUCGAAGCUCCGUUCUGAGGACAUCAAGUCUAGACUCGGGUGAUUCCACGUCGAGGGAACGCCCUUUCAUGCUGAACGGUGUGCCCAUAACACCCGAGAGUUUUCGACUCUGGGUGACCACAGAGGAGCACCCCAGGUUCCCCGUGAACUUCCUGCAGAUUUCGGUGAAAUUCACAAAUCAGCCUCCCGAGGGCCUGCGUUCUGGACUUGCGAAGACCUUCUCCGACGUCUCGCAGGACUUCCUCGACGCCUGUGUCAGCACCCAGUGGAGGGUGGUUCUGUACGCGGUGGCGUUUCUGCACAGGACGCUGGAAGAACGCCGGAAGUACACGCCCAUUGGCUGGUCGAUUCCGUACGAGUUC